AUGUUUUCUCUACGACCAAUCGUCCUGGCUCUUCUCGCCAUCACAUUCCUCGUCUGUGUGAUUGAUGCUAGGAUAGCGGACCAAUACGAAGACUCGAUGGCCCUUCCAGUAACUGCCGGUGAUUACCGUCUUCGAGGCUGGAGUGACUACAUUACUGCGCACAAGCGAGUCCCGUCAGCAGGUGAUAUGAUGGUUCGAUUUGGAAAACGAUCUGUCUAGUUGCUAGUGGCUUUGUCGAUGAUCUCCAUAUUUCUUGCCCGUUGUCCUCGCUAGUGUCGCCGUCAUGAUGUUACACUUGCAGUCAUUUGCUUGUCUGAGUAAAGUUCCUAUAUUGGUGCGCAUAUAUAUUCUAUUGCAUCAGUCGAUGUUUGUUGAGAGAAACGAAUCUGUGCAUCUUCGUACUCAAUAAAGAUUGCAUGCGUU